AUCCCUCCUUUGGUAUCUCCGUUACUCACUCUCACUCUCACUGCCUCUGUUUAUCCUUUUCCUCCAAACAAAAACCCAUAGCCAAAAGAAUCCUUCUUUUUGGCUUUUAGUUGAAUCCAAUGCCAAUUCCAUUUCUCACCCACCCUUUAUCCACCUCAAUUCAAUCAUCUCCAAUUUAAACUACCACAAAUUUACGAUCAACAUUUUAUAAUAAUUGAAUUCUUCUUUUAAUUCUUGUUUUGUGAUAAUUUUUUUAUGGCUGCUCUUUACACAACUUCCCUCUGCUUUUCGGGUGGUUUGGCUUGUUUUCCACUGCAUAAUUCCGUAAAGUUCGGUCGUGUGACAGUUAGAGCUUCUGGGGUUUCUUCCUCUCCGCUUUUUCCGGGUCAUAAGGUGCAAGUUCAAGGUAAAGUGUUUCCUGGUGAUGGAUUACCUGAAACAAAUGAUUCAUCCCUUGUGGUUUGUUUUGGGGAAAUGCUGAUAGAUUUUGUCCCAACUACCAGUGGGCUUUCUUUGGCAGAUGCUCCUGCAUUUAAGAAAGCCCCUGGAGGUGCACCUGCUAAUGUAGCUGUUGGCAUAGCUCGUCUUGGAGGCUCAUCAGCUUUUAUUGGGAAGGUCGGUGAAGAUGAAUUUGGAUACAUGCUUGCCGACAUAUUAAAGGAAAAUAAUGUCAACAAUGAAGGGAUGCGCUUUGAUCCUGGUGCACGAACUGCUUUGGCAUUUGUAACACUAAGGAGUGAUGGGGAACGUGAGUUCAUGUUUUAUCGUAAUCCUAGUGCAGAUAUGUUGCUCCAAGAAAACGAACUUGAUUUUGAUUUAAUUAGGAAGGCAAAAAUUUUUCAUUAUGGUUCUAUAAGUCUUAUUACAGAGCCAUGCAAGUCAGCUCAUAUGGCUGCAGCAAAAGCUGCAAAGGAUGCAGGUGUUGUUCUGUCCUACGAUCCCAACCUUAGGCUUCCAUUGUGGCCUUCUGCCAAGAGUGCCAGGGAAGGAAUUCUGAGCAUUUGGGAUACUGCCGACAUUAUCAAGAUAAGUGAAGAAGAGAUUUCUUUUCUAACACAAGGAGAAGAUCCAUACGAUGAUGCUGUUGUCCGUAAAUUAUUCCACUCAAAUCUUAAAUUGCUUCUUGUUACUGAGGGCCCAGAUGGUUGUCGUUAUUACACCAAGGAAUUCAAUGGGAGAGUGAAGGGCUUGAAGGUAGAAGCAGUAGACACCACUGGUGCUGGGGAUGCGUUUGUAGCUGGGAUUUUAGCUCAACUAGCUUCUGAUCUUUCCUUGCUUCAGGAUGAAGAUCGAUUGAGAGACGCACUCAAGUUUGCUAAUGUUUGCGGUGCAUUGACUGUGACGGAAAGAGGUGCAAUUCCAGCUUUGCCAACUAGAGACGCUGUUCUUGAUGCUUUUCUCAAGUCUGUAGCAUAGGUUUUAUUCCAAACUCCUGUAAUUAGGUGACCUUCAAGUUCUGUACCUUAAUCUCUUUUGGUGGCUAGGGCUCAAAUAGGAAUUGAGCUCAUAGAAUAAUCUGCAUAUGCCCUAGUAAUAUUCUUUCAUCACUAUUACCUUGUCUGUCAGCCUAAAGUUGCCCCAACCUUCCGUAUUAUGCAAGCUUCUUGCGUGAGAUUAUAAUUCUGUAAACAGAGAACAUCAGUAUCAUUACUCAACAAUUGGUGAUUCUUGUAUUCUCUUUGUCCAAUUUUGUAGUAUAUAUACAGUCUAUUUGCCUAAA